UCUCUCCAAAUUUCCGGUUACAGUUCUCGUGAUUCAAUCGUUCAUGUAGCUAGCUACCUCAGUGGAUUUAAUUCUGACUACAGGGAAUGGCAACUCCAAACAUUGAACUCUGAUGUGCAAUGGACCGAUAUACAUCGGACACGGAUAUCGAUGACCAAGAACAACCGUUGUUGCUCAGUCGACAAGAUGAUAAAGUCGAAAGAGCCCCUGCGUGCUGCUCUUCGAGGUAUGGUCUGUCCCUGCUCUCCUGUUAUGGUUUCUUUGUGGCCUAUGCCCUUAGGGUCAACCUGAGUGUUGCCAUGGUGGAUAUGCUUAACAACACAGACGCCAGCGGCAACACCAGCAAAUCCGUGUGUCCUGCACACUCCAGCCCUGCUCGCCCCAAACACAACCACACUGCCAGUGUGUAUGACUGGGACUCUGAGACCCAAGGCUGGAUCCUGGGCUCCUUCUUCUACGGCUACAUCCUGACUCAGAUCCCAGGGGGCUACCUGGCACGCAAGUAUGGGGCCAAAUGGCUACUGGGCCUAGGAAUCCUGGGAACAGUAGUCUUCACCCUCCUCACCCCCGUGGCUGCCGACCUGGGCGCAGGCUACCUUAUCGCUGUCAGAGUGCUGGAGGGUAUCGGAGAGGGAGUGACGUUUCCAGCCAUGCACGCCAUGUGGGCAUUUUGGGCCCCACCAAUGGAGAGGAGCCGAUUGCUCACCAUCGCUUACACUGGUGCUCAGCUGGGUACAGUGGUCGCCCUUCCCCUGUCUGCUCAGAUCUGCUUCUACCUCGACUGGACCUGGGUCUUCUAUAUCUUUGGUAUUGUGGGAAUUGUGUGGUUCAUCCUGUGGGCGCUCCUUGUCAGUAACACUCCCAACACACACCCGCGGAUCUCAGAACAGGAGAGACUAUACAUCACUUCCUCCCUGAAUAAGGAGCUCACUUUGUCGGGUGACCACAUCCCCUGGGGGUCCAUCUUGACGUCCAUGCCACUGUGGGCCAUAGUAGUGGCUCACUUCUCCUACAACUGGACAUUCUACACACUACUCACUUUGCUGCCCACAUACAUGAGUGAUGUAUUGGGCUUCAGCAUCAAAGAGAACGGUGCCCUGUCGGCUCUGCCCUACAUCGGCUGUGGGCUGCUGGCCGUGCUGGGAGGCCAGCUGGCUGACUACCUGAGGGAGAACUGCUUCUACCGCACUGUGGUCGUCAGGAAGGCCUUCAGUCUCAUAGGUAUGAUUGGGCCGGCAGUGUUCAUCGUGGCUGCUGGGUAUACAGGCUGUAACUACAUCCUGGCAGUAGCCUUCCUCUCUAUCUCUUCCUCUCUGGGAGGAAUCGUUGCCUCCGGCUUUAACAUCAACCACCUCGACAUCGCCCCAUCUUAUGCUGGGAUUUUGUUGGGAAUCACCAACUCCUUUGCCACGAUACCUGGUAUGGUGGGACCAGUCAUAGCAAGAGCCUUGACCAAAAAUAACACUAUAGAGGAGUGGCAGACAGUGUUCUACAUCUCUGCUGGGAUCAACCUGUUUGGAGCAGCUUUCUAUACAGUGUUUGGUCAAGGCGUGGUGCAACCCUGGGCCAUCCACAAUCCCAAAGGCAACUGAAAUGGACUCACAGCCAUGGGACAGUUUCAACCAGGCUGCUCUACACACAACCCUAAUGGGAAAACAGCCUUCUAAAGUAACCUCAAAGAUUUUGUUUGUAAUUUUUGGGUAAUGGGUAUGAUAAGUGCAUUUUUUAAAUCAAUUAAUAUAUUACUCUGUGUGUAGGCCCUUGUGAUAGAACCCCUUUUAGUGUUUUACUAUGUUUACAGGUAGGGGUUUGUGCUUGUUUUUAAAAACCUUUACAUUUGAUGAAGUCUUACAUUGACUGGCAUCAGACAAGUAGCAUUUCCACUUUGUCAUUUGUUGCUCCUCUGUUAGAUGCUCAGGAGAAAAAACAAAGCCAUAUAAAUUAAGGAUAUUGUAUGUAGCACAGUUAUUGCCAACUGAAAGAGCAGUCGUCCAGGAUAGAAUCCAUGUGGGUUUCUCUACUUGUGAGAAACUAGUUUUUUGGCCUUCCGCUUGUGCCUUAUAGUGAUGACUAAAGUAUAGGACUAUGAUCAUCAACCCAGUAUAUUUCAUCUAAUCAAUACAUGUGACCGAACUGAUAAACAGCAGUAUUCCCUGUGUCAAUUUGUCUACCGUCCAAAUCUCUUUCUUUUACUGAUGAAUUGUGUUUUUUGUUUACUUGCUGGUCCAACUACAAUGAAGGAGUUUAAGGGACUUGUCUACUUGAUUUAUUUUUAACGACAAUGUUUAUCAGAAAUUCUGCACGCCAACAUUCCAGAGAAUAAUGGAGAGCUGGUUUACACACUACUUACUAUGUUAAUUGUGGUAUACUACCAUUAUGGCCAGUUUGGUUGCUUUAUGUGAGGGCGAUAUUUAUAGCACAGGCUUUGUUUCCCCCACCUAAAGGAACUGUACUACUUAUGUUUAAGAGACCUCAAAUGGUCCGUUUCUCAAAUUGCCAUUUCAUUAUGUUAGCUACAUACUGUAUCUGUAUAAGCUUUGUACACCUCAAAGGCAGCGUUUAGACGUUCUGAUCUAUUUUCCACUAAUUGGUCUUUUGACGAGUCACAUCAGAUCUUUUCCCAUCUGAUCUGUGAAAAAGAUGAGAAUUGGGCUGCCUGUUAUUGCUCACACUUUCUAUUUGGCACAACAUUUUAACAAUGUAACUGGAAAUCAAAAUGGCAUGCCCAUACUCCAAUAUUUAGGUCAGCUAUGCUGGCCAAUGGCAUCCCUUGGGAAAGCCAACUACCAAACCAUCCAGUGAUUUAUACAUUCUGGGCUCCUGAAAGACUGAUCUCUAUAAUAUAUAAACAACUUUUGGAAAGCUCAUUCUGAGCUAGCCAUUUAAAGUAUGAUCCACAUAUCUAAUUGAAUCUGAAGAAACCUUUAACUGGAACAGAAUAUUGAAGAAAAAGUCAGCCUACGGGUACAUGUUUUAUAAACCCCUCUCAACAAAAACUAAAACCGUGGUAAUAAAUUGUUCUGCCUGUCUAAACGUAGCCAAAGUAAUCACAUUAAUUUAAAUGUUGAUAUUGGCAUAUUUGAUGCGUGAUCGUUAAGAGAAGGUAAAAUGAGGUACAGCAUAUAUUUCAGUAAAUGACCAAUGUAAAAAUCUAAUAAAACAUUUAAAGGAAAUCGUAUUGAA